CUCUAUGGUACGCGGGACCGCGGUCUCCUCGCUGCCGGAAGUGCUCCCACGCCGGGACAGGUCCGUGGAGCGGUGCGCUCUCUGCUAUUUCCUCCUGACUUGAGGAACAACCAUGUCAUCAGAAUCAAGCAAAAAACGGAAGCCCAAAGUGAUCCGAAGCGAUGGAGCCCCAGCUGAAGGAAAGCGGAAUCGAUCUGACACUGAGCAGGAAGGUAAAUACUACAGUGAGGAAGCUGAGGUAGACCUGCGGGACCCUGGCAGAGACUACGAACUCUACAAGUACACGUGCCAGGAGCUACAGCGGCUGAUGGCCGAGAUCCAAGAUCUGAAGAGCAGGGGCGGCAAGGAUGUGGCAAUUGAAAUUGAAGAACGGAGGAUCCAAAGCUGUGUGCAUUUCAUGACCCUAAAGAAGCUUAACAGAUUAGCCCAUAUCAGGUUGAAGAAAGGAAGAGAUCAGACCCAUGAGGCUAAGCAGAAAGUCGACGCCUAUCACCUGCAGCUGCAGAACCUGUUGUAUGAGGUGAUGCACUUACAGAAGGAGAUCACCAAAUGUCUGGAGUUUAAGUCAAAGCAUGAAGAAAUUGAUCUGGUCAGUGUGGAGGAGUUUUACAAGGAGGCUCCGUCAGAUAUCAGCAAGGCUGAAAUCACCAUGGGAGACCCUCACCAGCAAACCCUGGCACGCCUGGACUGGGAGCUGGAGCAGCGGAAAAGGCUGGCAGAGAAGUACCAAGAGUGCCUGUCCAACAAGGAGAAGAUCCUUAAGGAGAUUGAGGUGAAGAAGGAGUACCUGAGCAGCCUCCAGCCUCGCCUCAACAGCAUCAUGCAGGCUUCCCUCCCAGUGCAGGAGUACCUGUUCAUGCCGUUUGACCAGGCUCACAAGCAGUAUGAGACAGCCAGGCACCUCCCACCUCCCCUCUACGUCCUGUUUGUCCAGGCCACUGCGUACGGGCAGGCCUGUGCUCAUAUGAAAUCCUCCUCCCAGCCCCCUAGACAGGAUAAGACAUUGUCUGUGGCAAUCGAAGGCAGUGUGGAUGAAGCCAAGGCUCUGUUCAAGCCUCCUGAGGACUCCCAAGAUGACGAGAGUGACUCAGAUGCUGAGGAGGAGCAGACCACGAAACGCCGACGACCCACGCUGGGGGUUCAGUUGGAUGACAAGCGCAAGGAGAUGCUGAAGAGGCACCCGCUGUCCGUCAUGCUCGACCUGAAGUGCAAAGAUGACAGUGUGCUUCAUCUGACUUUCUACUACCUCAUGAACCUCAACAUCAUGACCGUGAAAGCCAAAGUGACAACUGCCACGGAGCUGAUCACCCCCAUCAGUGCAGGUGACUUGCUGUCUCCUGACUCAGUCCUGAGUUGUUUGUAUCCUGGGGAUCAUGGAAAGAAAACUCCGAAUCCAGCCAAUCAGUACCAGUUUGAUAAAGUGGGCAUCCUGACUUUGAGAGACUACGUCCUUGACCUAGGUCACCCCUACUUGUGGGUGCAGAAACUGGGUGGCCUUCACUUCCCCAAAGAGCAGCCUCAGCACACAGUGAUUGCUGACCACUCGCUGAGCUCCAGCCACAUGGAGACCACCAUGAAACUGCUGAAGACCAGGGUGCAGUCCCGCCUGGCCCUCCAUAAGCAGUUUGCAUCCCUUGAACAUGGCAUUGUGCCUGUUACCUGCGAUUGCCAGUACCUCUUCCCAGCCAAGGUCGUCUCUCGCCUGGUCAAGUGGGUGACAAUUGCCCAUGAGGAUUACAUGGAGCUACAUUUCACCAAAGAUGUCGUGGAGGCGGGACUGGCUGGGGACACCAAUCUCUACUACAUGGCACUCGUCGAAAGGGGCACAGCAAAACUCCAGGCCGCUGUGGUGUUGAACCCUGGCUAUUCCUCCAUCCCACCCAUUUUCCAGCUCUGUCUGAACUGGAAAGGGGAGAAAACCAACAGCAAUGAUGACAACAUUCGGGCCAUGGAGAGUGAGGUCAACGUGUGCUACAAGGAGCUGUGCGGCCCCCGGCCCGGCCACCAGCUCUUGACCAACCAGCUGCAGCGACUGUGCGUGCUGCUGGACGUCUACCUGGAGACCGAGAGCCACGAUGACAGCGUGGAAGGACCCAAAGAAUUUCCUCAGGAGAAGAUGUGUCUGCGGCUCUUCAGGGGUCCCAGCAGGAUGAAGCCGUUCAAAUAUAACCAUCCUCAGGGAUUCUUCAGCCAUCGCUGACCUCCAGCUCAUCGCAGGGUUCCUGCCAAAGCCCCAUCCUGAGGACUGAGCCUCCGCUUCCUGCUCUGGUCCACACAAGGCUUUAGAUACUGUCUAAAGA